UCGCGAGGACUCCAUUUCCCAAGAGGCACCGCGGCAGCCGGGAGAAGCCGCGCCUGCGCGCCGGAGCUAAGAGGCGCGAGGACUCCGUUUCCCAGGAAGCACCGCGGCAGCCGGGCGAAGCCGCGCCUGCGCGCCGGAGCUAAGAGUCGCGAGGACUCCGUUUCCCAGGAAGCACCGCGGCAGCCGGGCGAAGCCGCGCCUGCGCGCUGGGGGGCGGGGCCUGUGGGGUGGAGCCGCCACCAUCUUGGAGCGGGAGGCGGAGCGGAGCCGACGGGGAGCGAGUGGGCCGCUGUCGCCGCCAUGAACCCCGAGUAUGACUACCUGUUCAAGCUGCUGUUGAUUGGCGACUCGGGUGUUGGGAAGUCUUGCCUGCUGCUACGAUUCGCCGAUGACACGUACACGGAGAGCUACAUCAGCACCAUCGGGGUGGACUUCAAAAUCCGAACCAUCGAGCUGGACGGCAAAACCAUCAAGCUGCAGAUCUGGGACACGGCGGGGCAGGAGCGGUUCCGGACCAUCACCUCCAGCUAUUACCGCGGGGCCCACGGCAUCAUCGUGGUGUACGAUGUCACUGACCAGGAGUCCUACGGCAACGUGAAGCAGUGGCUGCAGGAGAUUGACCGCUACGCCAGCGAGAACGUGAACAAGCUGCUGGUGGGGAACAAGAGCGAUCUGACCACCAAGAAAGUGGUGGACAACACCACCGCCAAGGAGUUCGCCGAUUCCCUGGGCAUCCCGUUCCUGGAGACCAGCGCCAAGAACGCCACCAACGUGGAGCAGGCCUUCAUGACCAUGGCGGCCGAGAUCAAGAAGCGGAUGGGCCCCGGGGCCGCCUCGGGGGGCGAGCGGCCCAACCUCAAGAUCGACAGCACCCCCGUGAAGCCCGCCGGCGGGGGCUGCUGCUAGGGGG